UUACACCGCUACGCCAUCAGCCUAUAUAAAGUGUAGCAAAUUACACUUUUUUCUUCCUUGUUCUUAGCUUAUUUGUACGAUCUACAUUAAAAAAGGCGUAACACAAAAUGGCGGAGAGGGCAGGUUACAACCAACCCGACGACGGAUACACAGAUAAGUAUGCGAAAAUCAAGGUGGAUGUUCUACACCCUUACCAACCAGAUAUUCUUACAUCGCAGCAAGGUAACGGCCAGCAGCCAUAUCCAUUUCAACAAUCAUACCGACACGACACAAAUACAAAAGUGGUUGUUACUCAGCCAGAACCUGGUAUCGCCUUUUACCACAAGAGACCUCCAGAUUAUAUGAUUGGAUCUAUUUUAGCUUGCUUCUGCUGUUUCUGGCCUACUGGAAUAUGCGCAAUCUUCUAUGCAAACGAGGCAAAUUAUUUUGCAAAUGCUGGUGACUAUGCCGGGGCAAGAAGAAUGUCUGACAACGCCAAAAAGCUAAUGAUAACCAGUGUGUUUAUUGGAAUUAUUUUGUUGGUCAUUUUUGUGUCCUUGAAAUUGAUAUUAUAUAACGACAAUGUUUACAACCACUACUGACAAAUAACAAAACCAUGCACCUUUUAUGACAAUUCAUUUUGCCUUUAUAAAUAUUUUACUAAAGUAAAUCAAACAUUUCAAAUAAAAAUAAAA